GAGGAGGAAGAAGAAUAAUCAGAAGCGGAACUCUGACUGUUUCCAAGGAGACCACCAAUACUACGGUCAGUACUGAGGGUCGAACACUGUCAAGAUGUCGUUUUUAUUUGACUGGAUCUACAGGGGGUUUAGUAAUGUUUUACAGUUCUUAGGUCUGUACAAAAAGUCUGGGAAGCUGGUUUUCCUGGGCCUGGACAAUGCUGGCAAAACAACGCUCCUACACAUGUUGAAAGAUGACCGGCUUGGCCAACACGUGCCAACCCUGCAUCCAACUUCUGAAGAGCUGUCAAUUGGUGGGAUGACAUUUACUACAUUUGAUCUAGGCGGACAUGUACAAGCUCGAAGAGUGUGGAAGAACUACCUGCCGGCUGUGAAUGGAGUCGUCUUUCUUGUCGACUGUGCGGAUCACGACAGGCUCUCAGAAUCGAAGACUGAGCUUGAUGCUCUUCUCGGAGACGAAACCAUCGCCAGUGCUCCAGUGUUGGUGCUGGGGAACAAAAUCGACCGCCCUGAAGCCAUCAGUGAGGGAGCACUGAGAGGGGCUUUUGCUCUUGAUGGUCAGGUUACUGGAAAGGGAAGUGUCUCUAUGAAGGAGCUGAACGCGCGGCCCCUGGAGAUUUUCAUGUGCAGUGUGUUGAAGAGACAAGGCUACGGGGAAGGUUUCAGAUGGUUAUCACAGUACAUCGACUGACACUGAAGCUUACCCAGGAGGGAUUUUCUUGACACAUUUUUUUUUCACAAAGCACGACAAAGACUUUGUGUCUUUGCCAGUGUCAAUCAGACCACAUCCCAAACUUAGAUCAUGUUAAAAGCGUAUUCUUUAUAAUACUUUAUUCAGGAUUUAAAGGUUUCUAUGCAAAAACUUUUAAAAGUGGCUCACGGUGAAUUGUCCCACCUGUGUUGUUAUUAAUGUGAGUUGUCGAACUCUACGGCAUGUUAAUUAGGUUACAUCCAGCAGACAUACAUUAUGCAAGACUGUAGAUACAGACACAUUAGUGUUGCAUUAUUUAAUGAGGAAUAGACCAACAGAUCUAAUGGUAUGUAAUAGGAAGGGAUUGGUAUUAAGUGCUCAGUGGUGAUUGAGUUUGGUAGAUUAAUGCUCAUCUGCUAUCAGAUUAAAGAUGGUUGUGUUUAGAAUCUGAAAUACAUAACUAAAUAAAGCAGAAGAGUCGUUUUAGGAUGUUUCAACUAAUGAUAUGCAGCCACUGCCUUCAAAGCACAUAGCCAAAGAUGUAUGCUAAUAACUUUGGGAUAAGCAGGGAGAGAGAUUGGAUUUCAACAACAGAUAUCUUCCCCGCUGAGCACUGAGCCAAAAUAACAUCAAAUCCCCCAAAAGCGGAAGAGACAGCCCAUGCCACAAAUAAAGGCAAGGAUGAUGAAUAAACAGAGUCAAACUGAACAGCUCACUGAUGAGCGUGCUGUGAAAAUGUGCCUCUCACUUUCACUGUCUCGAUGGAAAUAGCUCGUUUAUUUUUUGCAUCUUUUCCUAAACGUGUUGACCCAGAGGGACGCUACAUGUUGAAGGCAGCUAAUUUGAAAUGUGUUAGUCGGACUGAGAUAAGUCUUCAUUAUCUUUGACUCGAAGAUAAAACGUUCACACCGAGCUUUUAUGACAUUCCGUGGCUCCCCUUGCUUUAAUAUAUGAUUAAGUCUGUCAUGACAUUGCUUUAAAAAUGUCUGGAAGCAAUAAAGUAGAAUGAUUAAGUGUACUGUCGCAGAGACAAUCUUACUCCUCCUGUAUUUGAGAGUAGGAAAGUUAUUCUGAGCCCAUUAAUUGUAACGAUAUAUUAUUAUUUUGUAUUAAUUCCUUUUAAUCCACAGCCUGAGCAGUUUGUCUGCAUGUAAUCAGCAUGUAGGCGGUUCAGCAGUGCUGCAGGUAAUGUACUUUUUGACUAUCUGAAAAGAUAUGAGAGUGCAUUUGCUAACGUGCUAAAUUAAUAUUCUUAUUCUGGAUGCUUGAGUCUUUGUAAACAUGCAUACACCUUUACAACACCCUGUGUAAAUGUGUAUCCACAUGAAAAGCUGGAAAUGGAUUAUGUGGAACAAACGUUUGAUUCGCAUUAACCGUUUCCUGCAUCAUGUUUACAGAGUAACGUUUGGAAUGAUCUGCUUAUUUAUUUAUGCAGGGAUGUUUGUGACCAUGAUAAUAAGAACAACUUUUUUUGUUUACAGGGAGUCUUUAAUGUGUAUAGAAUGCAUGUAAACAAACAGCUUUCCCUUUGAACAGUGUUCUGUACCCGUUGCUAUACUCCUGUAAAUGAUGUAUAAUACAGAUGUAAAUGUUUGUACAGUAGCUGCAUAUUAGCCGCCACUAACAAAGCACUGGAUUUAUUUAUAGCAGAUUAAUUAAAAAUUAUAUUUGCUGCAAUUAUCUGUGCAAAUAGUUUGAAUGACAUAAUGCAUACAUGCAUAUAUAGUGAGGAGUUGUUUACAUGUUGUAAUAAAACAGACCUUGUUUUGGA